AUCAAAAAGCGAAGAGGACAGCACAAAUCCGAUCGAUUCRAAAAAUGGCUUCCCAAGAGGUACGUAGUUUCCGUCUCRUGCCUGUUUGUCGAGCUCAGACGAGCAUUGGAUGCUGUCGCUGUGAUCUUUUGGAKGGCACUCGUGCGGUACGUAUUCAUCUAAUGGAAUUUUGCUUGUCGAUCGAUCGACUGGUCAUCCGUCGUUUGCGUUUGUCUCUAUGCUCCUCGGGCGAUUCCAAUGUCGGUUAUUCCUGUUCCGAAUGUAGCAGAAACCGAAUCGUUUCGGUAUGAGCAUGAAUAUGAAUCUGGCCUCCCUGAGAGAAAAGGCCUCGGAAAUCGGAAGCAAUGUGAAAUCGUCGGUGGGUGAAAUAAAAAACAACGUGGCCGACAUCAAGAACAAUGUGGCCGAUGCGGCCGCUAGAAACGCGGAGAUGAGGCGGUCGAAGCACGGAUUGUCGCUGUCGAAGCACGGCUCGAAGCACGGAUUGUCGCUGUCGAAGCACGGCUCCAAACACGGCGCCCCUGCCCCUGCUCCCGAUCCCGCUACCCCGGCAGCAUCGGGUGGCCCCACCAGCAUCGCAACGGCCAGCAAAGAGGAACUSGUAGAGGUCCUGACCAAAAUGAACAAAAAAGUCAAGGCCCUCAGCAUGAUUCGCACGCAAAUGACCGAAAAGUUGCAAACGACGGAGCAAGAGCGGGACCAGCUUAAAUCGCUGGUCAUCAAUUCCUCGGUCAUGACCAAGCGCCCGACGCCGCUGGUUGACGGCGACGACGCAAACAACGGAAGUUCAACGCCGACCACAAUGACAGUAGCGGAGUUGUCCAAGUUGUGGAAGGUAAUGGAAAGCCAGGAGGAACAGGAAGUCUUGGCGCUCAAACAGGCCUUGUCGCAAUCUCCGCCUCCACAAAAACAAAACGGAUCCAGCAAUGGCAGCGAUAGUGCAUUAGAGUCGCUGACACAACAACACCAGAAGGAGAUUGUCCAAAAGGACGAAAUAAUCGCCAGGCUUCGAAGCAAUAGUCAACAACAACCCGCGACGGACGAAUUGAAACAAAGACACGCCGCCGAAAUCGAGAAGCUUAAAAAAGUAGCGGCGCUGCAACUCGCCAAUUUCAAGAAAAAGGUUGCGGCAGCACGAUCUCUAGAACUCRAAAAGGUCAAGAAGGAAUCAAGGGAGGAAGCAGAAAAAGAAUUCGCUGCCAACCAGCCGGCAUCGAUCACAGCGGCAGGUGGUGAUUCAGCUUCCGUUGAGGCCGUUGAAGAACUCAAGCAACAACACGCUCUCGAAAUCCAAUCGUUACAACAAAAGUUGGGAACAGAAUACAAACGAAAACUAGAAAUGGAGCAAACUGAGGCACGUCAAAAGGCAGAACAGAACCAUCACAAGCAGGUUGAGGAACUCAAAACCCAAAUGGCACAGGCCGUCGAGAAUGCGAAAAAAGAAGGAGCGGAAGAAUCCAACAAAUCAACCAACGAACAGAUCAAUAAGUUGUUGUCCACGAUGAAACUGCAAACAACCGAACAUGAAGCAGAACUUGCAAAUAUCGAGAAAGAGCACGAACGAAAGCUACAACAAAGCAUAAAAGAAGUAGAGGCCACGGCUGCAGAGAACUUGUCGCAAUCGCAAAUCAAAGAUUCUCAAGUGCAUCAACAACAACUGGACGCAAAGAUAAAAGAGUUGCAAACCCAACACAGUGCUCAACUUGAAGCAAAAGAAAAAGAAUGGGAAACAAAAUCCCAAGAACAGCUGAAACGGGUCAUCGAAGAAGGUGCGAAAUCCAAGAACGAACAGGAGGUUGCGGCCAGCGAAAAAAUGGUGCAAGAACACAACGCACAGCUGGAGAAGCUUCGAUCCGAGUUGACACAACAAUUCGAGACGGAGAAGACAAAGCUGCAGGAAGAUUCUCAAAAAUCACUCGAAGAGGAACAAAAGAMGCUGCAACAAUCCACAAUUGAAUUCAAAGACCACUUGGAGAAACAAAAAAAGCAACUCAUUGAGGAAUCCCAAAGGAAUCUGGCGGCUGCUCUCGAGAAAAAGAAAGCCGAACUUGAAGCCGCCAGUGCUGAGGAGAAAGCCAACCUUGUUAAGGCUAGCGAAGACGGAAAGUCGAACGCACUGAAUGCGCUCAAAGAAAAGUUUACCGCUCAAGCCAAGCAGUUCCAAACGACAUCCGCCCAGAAGCUCAAAGAUGCCGUUGCUGCUGCCAAGAAGGAAACCGAGGCAUCUAUACGGGAAUUGAUGGAAAAGGAAGUCAARGAAAUUCAAUCAAAGCUACAAGCAGAGACGGCAAAUCACGAGGCUUCAUUGCAGCAACUUCAGAGCGAAGCGGCGAAACAAAUGGAAGAUGCCAACAACAGGGCAUUAUCUUCUGCAGAAAGAUCUUUGGAGGAGAAUGCGGCAAAGYUGAAGGCUGCUCAGGAAGAGUUGACGAAGGUUGAAUCCCAGUCAUCGGAGCAACUGAAAAUAAUGGCAGRUGCUCACAAGAAGGAAAUUCUUGCAUUAGAAGAAAGAUGCAAAAAAGAGUCUGCAACAGAAAAGAAAGAAAUGCAAUUGUCGCAUGCAUCCGAAAUUUCAAAAUUGCGCGAAUCUAUGGAUGCUGAUUUCAAAGAUCAAAUUGAACAAAUUAACAGGAAAGCGGCAGCCGAUACAGAGAAGGCGGUGUCAAAAAUUAGAAUCGAGCUCGAAGAAGAAAUGAAUAAGCUCAAAGAAGCUUCGGACGAGACCAGAACAAAAGAAGUAGAAAAAGCCAGAGAAGACGGCAAACUAAUGCUGAAGAAGUCGAUCGAAGCGGCUGUCUCAAAAUCAAAGGAAACAAUUGAUUCUAUGAAGGACGAAUUCGAGAAGAAGAUCGAAACGCUGGAAAAAGAGACUGAGAAAAUCAAGAGAGAGCACGCUUCCUCGAUAGAAAACGGAAAGGACCUCGAGGGCAAGGUAGAGAAUUUGCAGUCGAAAAUUACUGCCCUUMAGGACGAAAAAGUAGCGAUCCUCGCCUCUGCGAAGGAUGGUGAAAGAGAUUCACAAAAGGCAAUAGAAGGGUCUCUUUCAAAGCAGAGAGAAUCGUACGAGAAAAUGAUGAAGGAUCAACAGGCACGACAAGCCGAUAAAUUACAGCAGCUUCAGACUAGUAUCGAAGAACUUUCUGGAUUCCGGGAGAAGUAUACUCAACUGAUGAAGGAUCACAAGCUCACGGAACAAAGAAACGCCUCUAACGAAAAAGAAAAGAAAUCGAAAAUAGAGGAGUUGGAAUCGAAAAGUGUUUCCUUGCAACGAGAACUUGAGUUAUCAAAGUCGAAGCUGCAGGAAGUAGAAAAGGAGGCAUCAGAAACGUCGAAAGCACUCGAAGUAAAGAAUUCAGAGUUGUCCCAGGAAAUCCAAAAGCUGUCAGAAGAGCUUGGGGAAGCAUCAAAGAAGAUAAUGGAGGAGCAAGACAAAGCCCAGAAGAUGAGCACCGAGCUUCAAAACAAGCUGUUGGAGUCCGAAGGGGAGUCUUCGAAAAUUUUAGCGACUUUCAGGGAUAAAAAUGCCACUUUAGUUGAAGAAAAUCAGAAGUUGAAGGUCGACCUUGAGGAAAUGAAGACAUUCAAAGAAACCAACGAUGUAAAUAGCGGAAAGAAAAUAGCAGAUUUGAAUGAAACACUGUCGCAGUUCAAGUUAGAAAAAGAACGAUCAGAAAAUGCCUUGAUUGAGUCUCGAAAGAAAAUGGAGCAAGACGUUUCUUCGCUCACUCAGCAAAUUGAGAAUCUCAAAGCAGAAUUCGAGGAAUCAGUCAAGGCACGAGAGGCUGAACAAUCAACUUCAUCAAAGGAGAUCUCUGACCUGGAACGGCAUCUGGAUGAAGCACAAAAGCAGAUUGUUAGCUUGAAGGAAAAUCACCAGAAAGYGGUGGAUGAUAUCAAAUCCUCUGCUGUAUCCGAUGCUUCUAUUGCCACAGAGAAGAUCACUGAACUGCAGAACGUAAUAGGUGAAAAGGACUCGAUGCUCGAGAAAGCGGAGAAACAACUAGCGAGUGAGAAAGAGAAUUAUGAAAGGACAAUCGAGCAACUCAAAUCAUCCACACAAUCCGACACUUCUCAAACUACAGACAGAAUUAAUGCACUCGAGAAGACAAUUCAAGACAAAACAUCAGAACUCCAGGAAUUGAAAAAUCUUUACGCAAAGGCUGGAGAAGAUCACGAAAGGGCGAUCAACGAUAUAAAGUCAUGUCUUGAUUCCAACGCAUCGGAUAGUGCGGAAAAGAUUAGUCAACUUCAGAAGGCCGUUGAAGAAAAGAGUUUUGAACUUGAAGAGAUGGCAAAAGCUCAGACGAAAACCGAAGAAGAUUAUAGAAAUGCUUUUACAAAACUGAAAGCAGCAACUAAGGUUACUGUCGAAAAGAUGAAUAAUCUCAAGAAAGACAUCGAAGACAAGAGCAUUGAGCUUGAAGAAGUGAAAAAUUCAAAAACGAAAGCGGACGAAGAUCAUCAAAAGGAUUUAGUCAAUUUGAAAGAGAACCUGAAAUCAAGCGCCUCUGAUGCGUCGCAAAAGUUACAAGAACUACAGGAGGCUAUCGCAGCAAAAGACAAGCAGCUUGCAGAUAGCAAGGCCAAUCAUGAGGCGAAAGUCGGAGUAUUUAUGGAGAAGCAAUCAUGCCUUGAAAAAGAAAAAAUAAGCCUGGAGAAUAAGCUCAAAGAAGCCGAGAGUCAAGACAACGACACAUCAGAAAAGCUGGAAGAGGCAUUGGGUGCAUUGAGAAUCGAAAUGAAGGAACAUCAUGACCAAGAAAUGACCAAUGCGAAGGAGGUGCUCAAUGCUGAAAAGGAAGAGCUGAAAUCAAAGUUCGAGUCGCAAAUAGCGGAACUUGCUUCCAAAAACAAGAAACAGCAAGAGACGCUUACUGAGAAUCAUAGCAAGGACAUUGAAAACCUCAAGAAGAAGAUGGCAGAUCAUGUGGACAAAAUGAAAGAUCAACUUAAGUCAAAGCUUGUCGAAGAACGGGCGAAAUCCAAGAAGUUCGUAGAUGAGGCAGAUGCGAAGGACAAGAAGCGAGAAGAGCAAAUGACAAAACUGGCAGGUCAGCUGAAGCAAAUGAGUGAAGCUAUCAAGAAAGAAAGGGACGAGAAGUUAUCUCUGAAUCGAACAAUCAAGGAACAGAAAUCUAAAGAACAACGUCUCACAAUGGACUUGGCGGCUUCUCGUAAAUCGCUUGACGAGACAAUAGCUAAUAGCGAGUCCGCAGCACAAUCUCUGUUAGCAGAACAGGAUAAGCUUAAAAGGACAGCACAAUCGAUGCAGGCGGAAACGGAAAAGAGCAAGUCUUUAUUCAAGCAAAAAUCGAACGAAGCCGAGGAACUCAGUGGUAAACUUCAAGCUCUCACUCAAAAUCUUAAUGCCAUGGCUGAAGAUAUUAAGAAGAAAGAAAUUGGUCUGGCCGAAAGCGAGAAACAGAAAGCAAAACUCUCUUCUAGUGAAAAUGAAGUUGCCGAGUUGAGGCAGCAAAUAAAUAAACUCAAGCUGGAGCAUACAAAGAACAGUCAACUUGCAAGCCGUCUACAGAGCGAAAAGGAAGCGAGCGAACGCAAUCACGGUCAACGAACAGCCAUGAUGGGUAUGCUGGAAUCUCAACUUGCCGAGAUAAACGAAAAGAACACUGCCGCCAAUGCCAAGUUGGAGGCUGCACUCUACGACCUCAGCCAAAAGGACGAAAUGCUCGAGUCCAAAGAAAAUAAGUUGCAAGAAAUCGAAGCCUGCCUUGUGAAGACUCAAAAAGAAAAGAAUGCGGCUAUUGAGCAUUUGGCACAAGCUCAAAAGGGUGCUGCAAAAAAGAAUUCAGUGCAAUUGGAAAAUCUCCAGCGCGAGCUUCUUCAAUUCAAGCAAUCUUCUGCAAGAAAGAGUGCUGCUGCGCAGAGAAUGAUCCAAGAAAACGAAGCCGAAUGUGCCAGGCUUAGGACGGCGAACAAAAAAUUACAGCAGGAAGUUGAUAAGGGCUCUUUGAGUGACCGAAAAAUAUUUGAAUUGGCUGCAAUGCAAAGCAACCGGGAUACAGCAAAGAUACUGGAUAUUGAAGUUCGUGACAAGGCCCUAGCACGUCUUAACGAAGCGUUAACGGAACGAGAUGGCGCGUUGGCAUCUGCAGAAAAAAAAAUCGACGAAGUCGAAGAUCAGGUGGCAGAGCUCGGUCGUAUACAACGAAGAGAAGAUGUAAACAUGGAUUACUUGAAAAGUAUCGUAGUACAAUUUUUGUCGAAGGCACCUGGUACAAGCGAGCGAGCUGCACUUUUGCCAGUUCUAGCGACACUCUUACAAUUUGAUGAGAAUGACUAUGGAAUGAUUGAGCAAGGAAAGAGCAAGAUAUCGUGGUGGGGGAGCGUGGAACCAGUGGAAAUUGGGAAAGGGAGUGCACAAAAUGCAGCAUCUUCCACCGAUUACCUUUUUGGGUUAACUUCAUAUAUUUCAGGAGCCCCGGCACCUGCUCCUUCUUCGGCAGGGCCUACUGCCUCAGCAGAAGUAAGCAUUUCGAACCAAGUUGCUUCAACUCCAUCUGGUAGAGGAACUUCACUACAGUUUUAGAAGCCUUAAACAAGAUCAUGCGGCUAGAUAAUAGCGAACGCACUCCCAGUAGUACGAUCGUGAAUGUUUGAUCGACUAUUUGGCUGCAUUUGUAGUAUUGAUCAAAGAUUAAAAACUACUAUCUCCGUUCCUAAAUAAUGGUACAGUUUGCCCUACUCUGAUUUUUCCAAAAUAAUGGUUCAGUAUGCUA